AUGUUUGGAGGUUAUUUGUGCAUCGCGAUCGUUUACGCAGCAAUUGAUCUGUCUGCGGCCAAUUGUGGUUGUAGUCCGUGUUCAUGCCGGCCAAUGCCCAUAUGUCCACCACCGAUCAUUUGCCCACCUCCCAUUUGCCCACCACCCAUCAUUUGCCCACCACCCCCACCACCCGUGUUCUGCCCACCUCCACCACCUCCGGUCUUGUGCCCACCGCCACCGCCACCACCACCACCACCACCACCACCACCACCUCCAAUGUGUCCUUGCAGAGUCAGUUAG